AUUUGGGUAUUUGGGAAAUUUUUCAGGAACUAUUAACUGAGCAUAUCCUUUGUAGUGUUAGUAGUCUUCAUUAAUGUUAAGAUCUUUUAUAUAUCGGAGAGCGUAUUCGACUCUUCCCAAGUUAGAAUUUCCACCAAGCUUAUUGCAUCUAAAAGUAGGAAAGAUAAUCCAUUGUGAAAAACAUCCAAAUGCAGAGAAAUUAUAUGUAUCUCAGAUUCAAAUAGAAAAGCCAGUAAUUGAUCAAGAUCCGGUAACCAUCCAAGUCUGCUCUGGAUUAGUGAAUCUCAUUCCUUUAGAUCAAAUGCUCAAUAAAAAAGUGGUAGUAUUGGCUAAUCUAAAGCCAUCUAAAAUGAGAGGAGUUAAAUCAGAGGCAAUGUUAUUAGCUACAGAACAAAUAACAGAAGAGAAUAUUAAAGUUGAAUUGAUAAAUCCACCUGUUUCUGCACAAGUUGGAACUAGAUUACAUUUUACUAAUUUUGAAACUGAAGAUAUUCCUUCAAGACUAAAACCUAAAGCUUGGGAAGAUAUUCAAUCUCAUUUGAAGACCAAUUCAAACGCCGAAGCAACCUAUACAAAGGAUGGGAUCGAAUAUGUGUUGGGAGAUGGAGUUGAUGUUGCAAAGGCAGAUACUCUUUGUAAUACAAGUAUUCGUUAAUUUAUAAGAUAUUCUUUAUAGUGUCUUUAUAUAACCUUA